UCAAUAAACACACAAAAAAUUUGAUUGUAUUUAUGUCUAAAUUUGACGUAUAUGAAAUUAACGUGUACUUUUGCAAAUUUCGUUGUGUGGCAAUAAUUCGAUUAUAAAUUUGCGAUGUCCCGCGACAGUUCGAUAAGAAAGAGUGUCUUUGUCGGCCUGCCGCCGGAUCUGAAGCCAUGGCAACGCAUCGAUUGGCCGCCGUUAAUCCAGACGCGUCUCUUAAAGGACUGGGGACAAUACUACAGCCAUCGGCUGUGCAACAAGAAGGCGUUGGCAUCGUUUCGUCGCGCCCUCGAAGUGUCGAGGGAGAUGGAGACGAGGAGCACAACGGCAUUGCCAUCGGUUGCCUCCUUUCGUCCAUCAUCAAUGGUGCAACAACAACAAUCGAUGCACUAUCAGCUGGAGGCAUAUAAAACGUUGCAUGCGCGGAGCAAGUGUCAUCGUGGCAUGGCACAGAAUGAGGAUGCUUACAGGGAUGUGUUGGAGGCGCAACGGCUGAUGGAGCUGAAGGGGCAAUUGAACUCGGGUCUCAUACUCGACAAGUGCGACAUGCUGCUCGAUUGCAAUCGCUUCGAGGAGAAUCUCUGUCAGCUCUACAACGAAGCGACCAAGUUUCGCGGUCACUCGAUCCACGAUCGCUUCGUGAAGCACAGAGCUCUAACCAACACAGUGCUCGACGAUUGUUUGGGGAGUCGUCUGGAUCCGUUUAUGCUGCAGAAUCUGCCAUUAAUACUGCGCAAUCGUCCCACAACCACCGCCUUUGUGCCACGCCCCAUGUGGCAAAGGUUGCGCGAGAAAUCGGAAUGCGAUGUCGAGAGCGUGACCCUGAAGAAUGAGAUAUCGCUGUCGCCCUUGGAGCAAGCGCGUCGCCGUGUCACCGAGAAAGUGUACAACUAUCAUUAUCUGGGAAGCAGUGCCAUCGAUGUGAAAAUGUUGCAAGGACUGCGCAACAACAAACAGUUGCUCAAUCCGCUCUACGUGCAAACCGCUGACAAAAUCCACGAAUUCAGCUGCGAACAAUAUGCGAUAGUCCGAAAGUUUAUGAAAAUGAUGCAUGUUCGAAGGCCGAUUUAUCCGAUUUGGGAAAAGCAUCGUGAGAACUAUCUGUAUUAUGUGGAGUAUCAGACGAGACGUGAUUGUUAUCGCAUUUUGCGUGACGUUCGUCGUCUGCGCCUUGAGCAUAAUAUCGAUCGUCUCACCGACUAUGUGGAGCACAUAAUGUCAACGAAAAUUGUGCUGAAAACCCAACGAACAUUGCCCUGGAAAUUCGAGUUCAUCAACGAGGUGUACAACAUUUUGGGUUUGGCUCACAUCGAUCGACGUGCGGUGCCCAAAGAUGUGGACUUCUUGAAUCAAAAGAAUCAGGACAUACUCUAUAGACUGCCAAAGGAUCGCAUGCGAAAUUUUUCCAGCAUAUUCGGUGGCCACAACGUAUACGAGGAUGUGGCCAAGGCUACCGAACGUGCGGAAAACUCCACCUUGAUCAUCGACAAACUGAAGGAGCGCUUUCGUCACUCGCGCUUCGGCAUCGAGCGAGCUUAUCUGAUGUUUGCGAUAGCGCGCCAGCAUUUCAAAGAGUCGCACUUUGGCAAAUGCGUGCGAAUGGCACGCAAUGCGGAAAAAGAGGCAAACGCCUGCAACAGUUUGAUAUGGCGCUUCAAUGCCUCGUUUCUGAUCUGUCAGGUGCAUGCGUCACUCAAUCGACACGAGCGCUUAAGGGACUCACUGCAAAAGACCAAUACCAUCGCCAGGAAAUUGAACUCGCCCCAACUGUUGGCCUACUUGGAGCUGUGCAAUGCGGUGAACAGCUAUCAAUUGGAAUAUCGUCGUUAUCAUCGCAAGCGCAAGGAACGUGGAUCGCGCGGGGCUUUAGUUUAGUGUUCUUGUGGCAGAGUUGCAAGUUGCAACUGAGAAGUGAUUGCAGCCGCAGCGAACUGAUUGCAGCAGCAAAUGUAGUUGCAAUCGUUUUGCAGCUACAAUUGUUGCUCCAAUUAUUGCUGCUGUCGCUGCAAAUUUCGUUUUUCUUUCAAAUUGGUUUUGUGGUUUUUCGUAUUACUUUUUUUUUAUGAUAUUGUUGAGCUUUAUAAGUGUUUU